GCCGUCGAGCCAGAAGCUGCAGACAGGGAGUUGGCCAGCGGAGGAACCCUUCCUGAAGCGCUAUGACAUUCCUAAGGAUGGCCUUUGCAUCUUCAAGGCAGUAUUUGUGGGCAUGUUGGCACAAGGGAAGCUCUAUCAGGGAGGUUUACGCGGCUUGAUGGACAACACCUGGAAACAAGCUCGGGCCCAUACCGGUCGCUAUUCCAUUGAUGGCGAUCUCGAGCUGGAGUUGGAGGUUUUGAUUGAGCAGUACGAGGAACGGGGCUUCAACCAUAUUUUAGGGGACAGAGUGAUUCGGAUUUUGUCCGACGUUGUGGGCGUGGAAAUCUUGGUCUAUGCUCCCUUCCUUGCCGUCAAGCACGCCCAACGGUUCACGCCCGAGCAAGCAGCUGGUGGGACGCUUCGCCCGCUACACCUGCGCUUCAACGGGGUCAACCACUACGACGCCUAUAUACCAGAGGAUGAUAUCGGGCCGUUGUACCAGAAAGAGACGUCAGCGGUAACGCUGGACAGGACCGCCACCCAAAUCUUGAAACAGUUGGCGGAGGGGAAGGAGGAUGCGGCAAAGGACACUUGGAGGGAUUGUGCCCCUGGACGUCCUUGGAAUGACCGGGCUCCGCUCGCGCAAGUGUUGGAGCUAGCCGAACGGGCGUUGAAAAAAUGGCCGCUUCUAGGGCACGCUCACUAUGUGCGAGCCUUGGCUUUCCAACAUAGCAAGGAGCGCGGAGCAUGCGAAGGCGCGCUGGUUGCAGCUAAAGAAGCUCUGCUUCUCGGGGUGGAGGAGCGGCUUCAGGCAAGGUUGUAUCGCACAAUCGCAAAGGCGUGCUUUGAUGCGGAGGACUGGGGCGGGGCUUUCCAGUGGUACUCGAAGUGUGCGAAAGAAGGUUGUCUGCGAGCUGAAGACUCCGUGUUUUUGGAUGUGAGCCAAACCCGGUUGAGCGCUCAGGGGAGCGCAAAGGCGGAGGAAGUUGCUGAGAAGGUCUUCGACUUGUUGUCUGACCCACCGGCGGAGGCUCUUUUGGCGAAGUUCGAUGCAGUCGUGGAGGGUUUGGCUGCUGGUGGCGGGGGGGGCGGGAGCGGAUCGGAGAUAGACUCCGAAUCAGAGUCCGAGGAAGAUUCAGACCAUGAUGAGCCUCCUUUCCAAAACGUGCCGGAUGGCGCCGGCCCACCCGGAGGAGCGGGGCAGGCUUCGGCCAACGAGCAGUCCGGCGCGGCGGCACGUGGUGGUUCGUCAGGAGUGCGACCGGACUUCGUUAAUCUCGAAUCCUCAGACGAGGAGGAUGGCCCAACUGGCAAGAGAGCUCGCCCGAGCGUUGGAGGAUUGGAUCCUGGGAGCGCUUACGGCUAUGGCUGCGUACUUUACGAGCGCCGAGCGGACUGGUUAAGCUUGGAGGAGGUCGACAAGCUUGUCGACGGUAUGAAUGUUACGCCAAGUUUGGUCAGCAAGCGGCCACCGUACGCUCCACGUGGCGGAACGGUCUUUGUUGUAGACCGUUCCCAGAUGGAGCAUCAAGAGGAUGCUCUAUAUGCUUCCGGUGGAAGGUGGUUCAACAACGGGGCCAAACCCGUCCACGGCGGAAAGCUCCGGAGCAGAUAUUGGAAGCACAGCUCGUCUUGCAACCAUGACGAGUAUUGCAGCGCCGUCGGAGAAGACGACUGCAAAGGCAAAUGCUUUCAGCACCGUUCUGGGGCCUCCGGUGAGCCGCUGCACAAAGAUCGGAAGUUUGAGAGACGGGUGUGGGUAGGCGUGGAUCCACAGGGGAACGAAGGUGGCAAGUACGUGGUCAUACAGUUUGUCGGCGACGAGACAACAGUCAGGGCAGAUCCGCACGGAAACCGCGUCCACAACCUCGACUUAACCUUUGAGAAGAUCUUCCGGUCGACCCGGGAGGAGAUGAAGCGACGUGCUUCAGUGGGAGAGUCAGCUAAUAAGAUCCGGAGGCAGAUGCAGGCCAAAGCCAGGCACCCCGGAGAGGCGCCAAAAAGCUACAAGCAAGCCGAAAACGCAAAGGGGAGUGUGGACGCGGAAAAGCGGGGGGGGGGGCGAAGAAGUCGUGGGACGACCUUAACGCCAUCCUGACUCAGAGGAUGGAGCAGGAGAUUGCGGACGAAGACGCCAAGGUUCCAGGGGCGCAUCGGUUUAUCCAGGACGUCAACUACAAUGGACGCGAUCUGAUGGUCGUUUGCUUCUUCAGAAGGUUGGUAUUUGUACAAUGAUACACCUUGGAAAGAAGGCUUUGAAGGAGUCGAGCCUCUUGAAUCUAUCCUUUGACCGCUCAGAGACCACUCAUCAGUUAGUACUUGUGCGCUUGAAGCUCUGUUUAUCGCUCUCUUUGAGCGGGUCGUCUAUGCGCUUAGCAAAAUCGCAAGCUGCACUUGCAGAUAAUGCUACUCACCGUAGGGCCGCUAUUUGGGUUGUUCAUGGAGCCGCUGUCACAGUUUAUUAGCAUAAGGUGUCUACAAAGAUAUUUCCUGGACUAUUCU